AUGUUCAAGACGGCCAGACUCGUUGGGACCUUCCUUUUGGCGCUGCACAGGGCAGGCGCCACUUGCCUUGCCGACAACAAGCUGAAGCUGAAGACUUGUGGCAACCAGUGCUCGGAAAGCAAGGACAGGGUGGUCUGUGUUUCAAGUUGCCUUCAGAAACAAGAUGUGGUGACUGCAUGUGCUGACUGCCUCGGGUCAGAGUUUGACUGUGGCAGCCGCUUCUGUGGAAGUGCAUGCGAAGGGGGGCACAGAAGUGGAGCCUGCGAGUCGUGCCUGCAUUCUCAAUGCACCGUCUGCAGCACGGAGCUGGACUUCCAGGCUCACACAGCGAACCUGGGUGAUGCCUUGGCUGAAGCAGUUGAGGUUGCCACACCACCGGCAGACAAUGACACCGCUGCUGUGAAGAUGCUUGCGGAAAGCACCGGAAGCUGCGCAUCCAGUGGUGCACUCAUCAGUUCAUGUGGUACCCCCUGCUACUCCACCACCGAUCCGGCUGGAUGCUACGCGAAAUGCGCCAUGCGGGCUUGCUUCUCUGGUUGCCACGAGUGCAGCAGCACUCACUGCUUCGAGUCGUGCAGGCGAUCCUUCUCGAGCUAUGAAUGUGCCACCUGUGUGAGUGGUUUCUGCGGCGGGUGCACGGUCCAGACAGGAAUGAAGGACUCCAUCAUGCUCCCCUGA